AUGAGUCGAUUGAGUGUGAGGAGGGAUCAUUCAUCUUCUUCUUCUCAACAUCAUCGGAACAACGAGGAAGAAGAAUUGGAGGAUCAAGAAGAACCUCAUCAUGAUUCAUUUGUAAAUUCUCAAUUGCAACACAAUCAUCAUAGCUUGAUGAUGAAUGAAAAUAAUUUUGAUGAUGAUGAUGAUUUAGAGAGUGUUGCUCUUUCUCGAAAUGAUGAAGAAUUGGAAUAUGAAUUACCUUCUCCGACACAAGUACUUCAUACUCCAAAUCAAAGAAAUGCAAAUGAAACGGAUGCAAUUUCCGAUAUUUCUGGAAUAUCUCCAUUUCAAAGUCCCUAUGUAACGCAAUCCUCCCGAAAAUCAAGAUCAGAAUUCAUGUAUAAUAAUGUAUAUAGAACACAAAGAACUCCUAAAAUUUCUAAUAGACAAAUUGAAAAUAGACUUCGAAGAGAUUUUCCGGAAGCAGCAAGAGAACGGGAUCGAAGACAAAAAGAGCGUCUCGAAGCAAGACAAUUUACGCCAGCCUGUUGUGACGCAAUAUUAGGUCUUGGAUUUUUAGAUUCAAGUUUCAUGAUGCUUGGAGAUUCUGCCACAAGUAAAUUGAGACCAGUCGACUGUAGUAAACGAGAACAUGACGGAUCUCAAUUAGACUUUCAGUCUCCAGAAAAGAAAUGUAAAUCAAAUGAUGAUCCUUUUGAAUUUUAUUCUCCUCCACCACUUCCUCCAAAAGAGCCUGAAACUCCUCAAGAGAAACUGACUAACCAAAUUAUUGCGAGAUUACGAAAAGUAUCGAAUCGACGAGAUGUGUCAGAAAUUAUUUCAAAAGAUAAUAUUGAGUUAAUUGCUCUUACAAAAGCAACCAAUCCUAACUGUGAAUUGUUUAAAACAGUGAAAGGUCAAUGUAGGGACAAGUACAUUCAAGAAAUUGUGUCUGUAAUCAAGGAAUUUACAUUGAGCGGUACUCAAAACACAGAUUCCAAUAGCCAGCAAGAAAAUACGGCACCAUCAAAUGUUCAACCAUCUACUGUUGUAAAGAUGGAAGGACAUAACAAUCACUCAUCUUCUUUGAGUGUGAACUCUACAGUAAUCAAAGCAGAAUCCAGUAAUGAAGACGAAAAACAAAUUAUUGAGACACCAAGAAAAUCCCAAUCACGACAGCCUAUUAAAUUGGAAAAUAUGGACACUCCAAAAGUAUGCAAAAAUGUCAAACUGCAAAAAGACACAAUAUUAACACCACAAACACAACAAAUUGAAAAGCAAACAAAACUGCAAUGUGAAGGAUCUACGUUACACAAAUCUCCCCUUCCAACGAACAUAACAAACACUAGAGUUUUAGCACCACCUAUAGUGGAUCAUGUAAUUGUGAUUGACGACGAUGAUGAAGAAGAAGAUGAUGACGAUUGCAAAUUUUUGUGCAAAAAAUGA